CCUGAGGCAACCACUCAGUGGCUUCUGUGCCCCCCUUGCCAAGCUGAAACUUACUGGAUCGCCGGUUUCCCUUUUUAUUUUUGAAUGGGAGGCUGCGGGCCAAAACAAGAUUGUCUGCCCCUCUCACUCUGCCUCUACCGAAGCUGUGGUAGCUUGGCGAACUGACGUACGGGGACAUCCCGCCCACAUAUACCAGCUCGGGACAGCGAGCCGAGAGCAUAGCACGUCCACCUGUAUAGCUCGACCUACCUACCUACCUACGUUGGGCUUUACACAUCUGGUAUCCCAAGCUCACGCCACCAGCGCCCAGUGGCUGAUCUGAUACCAACGUACGACACGCGGAUCGCAUCUCGUAGCCUAGCUUGCAUCAGCCAUCUUACCUUUUUUGGACCAUCUAGUUUCCCUCCUUUUCCUCCAUCGAGUCAACUCUCAGUCGCUCCCGUCACACUCACUCGGCACUCACAACCCUCACCACCUCAUGACAUCGGCAUCGCCAACCAUGGCAGACACAUCAACCCAGCCCGCGGCCGUCACGGCCAGCACCGACACAGUACCGCCUCUCCAGGCCCAGGCUGGCGGCGGCGCCAGCGAGUCGCAGCGCACCGUCAAGGCGUUCAACGACUCCGUCAUCAAGUACCUAAACAGGGUAUUCAGCAUCCAUGCCGGCCAGGCCGACCAUAAGUGGCACAAGGAGCAAAUCGCCUCCUUUGUGAAGUCUGUCCAGGGCGAGGAGACGCCUGCUUGUCUUACGGCAGGAACCAAUGCCGCUGCCGACGCCCCGGAGGAGCUUGACUUUCACGGCUUCCUCAGCUACAUGGCCUCCUCGGCUUCAGCCGCCACUGCCCCAGCCCGGGAGCAAGACCUGACCUACCCGCUUUCGAGCUACUUCAUCAGCUCCAGUCACAACACCUAUCUCACGGGAAACCAGCUGUACAGUGAUUCGAGCACCGACGCGUACAAGAACGUACUGCUUCGGGGAUGCAGGUGCAUCGAGAUCGACGUCUGGGACGGCGACGAUUCGGAUAAUGAGGAAGGCACCUCCGUCAGCAGCAGUGACGAGGAGGUCGCUGCCGGCGCGGUGGCGGAUGCGCCGAAGCCUCGGAAGGAGAAGCGGAGCAAGCUCCAGAUGCUCAAGGAUAAGAUGCCGGGGUCUCUCGCAAGCAAAUUGGAGAAGACGUCGCUGGGGAAGAAGAUGGAUGAGAGGAUCGAAAGGUCCAUCAGCCCGCCGGCAGAGACCGCCACGGCUCCGGCUCCGCCCGCGGCCGUGGGGCAACAGACAGUAGCAGCCGGUUCGGGGACGCUGCAGAAGACCCCCUCACCGAGAUACCACCCCAUCGAGCCCCAGGUCUUCCACGGCUACACGCUCACCAAGGAGGUGCCCUUCAGGCGCGUCUGCGAGACGAUCCGCGACUAUGGCUUCGUGGCGGCCGACACGCCGCUCGUCGUCAGUCUCGAGGUGCACUGCAGCGCCGAGCAGCAGGAGAUCAUGGUGCAGAUCAUGGAGGACACGUGGAAGGGCCUGCUGGUCCCGACGCCCGAUGUCGACGCCGAUGAGCUACCCCGCCCCGCGGAUCUCCUGGGCAAGAUCCUCGUCAAGGUAAAGUAUGCCCCGCCGACGGGCCCCGAGACGGACACACCAGGCGACGACGUCGAGGACGACAACGCGUCGCCGUCGCCGUCACCAUCGCCGCCGGCGGACCCGGCGAAUAAGAAGCCCGCGGCCGCCAAGACAAAGCCGAGCAAGAUUAUCCAGGCGCUCAGCAGGCUGGGGGUCUACACGCGCGGCGUGUCGUUCAAGUCGCUGACGCAGCCCGAGGCCACGAUGCCGACGCACAUUUUCUCGUUGUCGGAGAAGGGGGUCAUGGAAGUGCACGAGAAGCAGGGGGCGGAGCUCUUCCACCACAAUCGGCACUUCCUGAUGCGCGCGUACCCGUCCGGCUUGCGGAUCGGGAGCUCGAACCUCGACGCCCCUGUGUUCUGGCGCCGCGGUAUCCAGAUAGUGGCCCUGAACUGGCAAAACUGGGAUGAGGGGAUGAUGCUCAACGAGGCCAUGUUUGCUGGCACGCGCGGUUACGUCCUGAAGCCCGAGGGAUACCGCUGCCCCAAAGCAGGUUCGCCCCCCGACACGGCGCAGGGCGUCCCGCAGAUCGACUACAAGACGCUGGACCUCAAGAUCGACAUCCUGGCGGCCCAGAACCUACCACUCCCGCCCGGCGACACCAAGAUCAAGGGGUUCAAGCCCUACGUCAAGGUCGAGAUCCACGUCGAGUCGCCCGAGGAGCGGCUCCCCGGGGCGCACAUCAAGGACGACGGCCGCGAGCGCGAGGGCGCGUACAAGGCCAAGACCAAGUCGAACCGCGGCGUCGACCCAGACUUUGAGGGCGAGGCUCUGCAGUUCACGGGCGUUCCGGGGGUGGUGGAGGAGCUAACGUUUGUGCGGUUCACCGUUAGAGACGACGAGAUCGGGCGCGACGACAUGGCGGCAUGGGCGGCCAUGCGGCUGGACCGGCUGCGGCCCGGGUACCGCUUCGUGCACCUCAUGGACUGCGAGGGGCGGCUGACGGAGGGCGCUAUCUUGGUGAGGGUUACCAAGAAGUUGUCCUAGAUGUUCGGGGUGGGCGGGUGUAUGUGGAUGUCUCCUCUUCUUUCCCUACCUAGGUCGCAUCGGGCAGUUUCAGGGGUCGAACCGUUUUCAUAGCGUAUAGCAUUAAAAGCAUCAGUUCUAAUAGCGUCACCCAUUACUUGGC